CUUUAAUCUCUUAGUAAUAAUAGAUAAUCUCAUAAACCAGCGACCAACGCGAUUGUAUCUACCUAAACAUGCAAAUCCAUCCACCUCCAAGACCUCCUAUGCGAUUGAAGGCCGGCGCAUCCACCACCGCGUCGUCGCGUCCCCGUAAAUCCCCACACAAGUCACCGGUGGGAGCCGUAACGCGAUGAACACCGACCCGCAAUCAUACAUCCUCUCAGAGGCCGAGUCGCGCUUAAUAUUCGAACAAACCAUUCUCCCCACCGAACUCGGCGCUCUCUCACCAGCCACCCAUAACCCCAACACCAACACCACCACAACCAAACCCCCCCUCGCGGUCCUAAUAAUCGGCCAAACCGGCGCCGGCAAAACCCGCACCGCCCCGCUCCUCAAACAAACCCUGCAGCACCUGCGCUCAUCCCCGCCCAUCCACUUCAUAGCCGACACCUACAAAACCUACCACCCGUCCUACGCUUCCCUCCUACAAACACACCCCCCCCUCGCCUCCCCAGCAACCAGCCCCGACGCGCGGCGGUGGCUUCUCCACGCCGCGACCGUCGCCGCAACGCGGCGUUCCGACGUGCUCCUCGAGUCCGCGACGCGGCACCCGGACGACUUCGCCGCCUUAGCACAACUUUUUCACGGGCAUGGGUACCGCGUGGAAGUAGUGGUUUUGGCUGUGCCUGCGGCGCUGAGUCGGUUGGGGAUUUUGCGGCGGUAUUACGAGGGGUUGCCGGAGGCGGGGCCGGGAUGGGGGUUGCCGGUUCGGUUGACGCCGAGGGGGGUCCAUGAUGAGGCUUAUAAGGGGGUUGUGGAGGCUGCUGGGUUUGUUGAUGGGGAUGGGGGGGAGGGAGGGGUGGAUCAGGUUUUGGUUUUGCGGCGGGGGAAUGUGGUGGCGUAUGUGGAUGAGUGUGUGGAUGGGGUUUGGAGGCGCGGGGAGGGUGUUGUGCAGGUGUUGAGGAGGGAGCGGGAACGCCCGUUGACGGAGACGGAGAGGGUUGGGGCGCGGGAGAGUUUGUGCAGGUUGAGGGAGAUGGAUGUGCCGGGGUUGGAGGGCCAGUUGUUGGAGAUUGAGGAGUUGUUGAAGCCCCUUUUGGGUGAUUCGGAUGAUGGGGGGUAUCCGCCUUUGAGGCCGCUGAGCCUGCCUACUUCAUCCCAUGAUGAGGAGUUUGAUGUUGAGGCGGGUCUAAGGCUUGGGAUGGUAUGAUUUUAUCGUAGAAGCUGGCGAUGAAAGCCUUUUAUGACGUAGGAGGCUUUUGGAGCGUUUCGAUAAACCUUCAUCUGUUCGCCCCCCUUUUUGGGGGAUAAGACGUUGACGGAAAGACAUGAACAAGCGCUUUUUAGGUGACUCACCAUGAUAUAUAGCUCUAAAAAUCACUUGAAAUCAAACUGUGUGGAACACUUGGUAUACAAUGA